UCAUAUGCCAAAUUCCCAACCAAACAAUGAAGGAAUGUUUUCUCUAUUCCUCUUCCUCCUCCCUCCUCCUCUUCCUCCUUUGUCUCUUACACUGCAUAACUUGUUACUCGAUGAGGCAGGGAGAUGACUUGAACAAGUUCUACUUCAUCAACAGAGCAAGGAGGUCUUCUUCUUCUUCUUUUUCAUUAGCAAGUAGUCUUUCGAUAUCCGAUCUGAAGUCGAAAGUCUAUGACAAUCAUGGCCUAAAAGAGGGGGACAAGGUCAUCCGGCUACCAGGCCAACCCGAUGGGGUGAAUUUCAAUCAAUAUGCGGGGUAUGUCAUGGUCGACAACGCAACCGGUCGGGCUCUAUUUUACUACUUUGUUGAGGCUGACAAGAACAACAUGUCCAAGCCUCUCGUGCUUUGGCUCAAUGGAGGGCCUGGGUGUUCGUCGUUGGGCUAUGGGGCGAUGGAGGAGCUUGGGCCGUUUCGAGUCAUGUCCGACGGAAAGACUCUUUACGAGAAUCCUUAUGCUUGGAACACAGUGGCGAACGUUUUGUUUCUGGAGAGCCCCGCCGGCGUCGGCUUCUCCUACUCCAACACCACGUCGGACUACGCCAAGAGCGGCGACAAGCGGACGGCGAUCGACUCGCUGGCCUUCCUCCUCAACUGGUUCGAGCGGUUCCCGGAGUACAAGGGGAGGGAGUUCUUCAUCGCCGGCGAGAGCUACGCGGGCCACUACGUCCCCCAGCUUGCCCUCGCCAUCCUCCAUCACAACGAUUCCAACAUCAAUCUCAAAGGCAUCGCGAUAGGGAAUGGGGUGAUUAACUACGAGACGGACAGCAAGGGGCUGCUUGACUACUUCUGGACGCACGCAUUGAUCGCCGACGAAACUAUCCAUGCGAUCCACAAGUUCUGCAAUUUCUCGCCGGAGGCCUUGCAGCAGCCGCUGGAAUGCCAACGGGCGGUCGGCGAGGUGAGCGGCGUCAUCGACGAUCUGGAUCUCUACAACAUAUACGCACCGCUGUGCUUCUCUUCGGGCGUGACGCCGACUCCAAAGCCUCCUUCGAUUGAGAAUUUCGAUCCUUGUACUCCUAAUUAUGUGGAGGCAUACCUUAACAAUCCAGAGGUGCAAAAAGCUCUACAUGCUAAUGUGACAAAACUCAACUACACGUGGUCUGCUUGUAGCGAAGUGAUACGUAGUUGGUCAGAUCAGCCUUUCACAAUUUUGCCAGUCAUCGAUGAAUUGCUAUCUAACAAGUUAAGAAUUUUAAAGUACAGUGGCGACAUAGAUGGAAGAGUUCCUGUUACUUCAACAAGAUACUCCCUGAAUGAGCUAGGACUUGCUGUGAAGUCUCCAUGGAGAGCUUGGAUGCUUAACAAUGAGGUUGGGGGAUAUACCACGGUGUAUGAACACAACUUGACAUUUGCGACUGUGAGAGGAGCCGGACAUGAAGUUCCAAGUUAUCAACCAGCUCGAGCUCUGCAAAUGAUCAAGAGUUUUCUUCAAGGAGUGCCUCUCCCUGUCGCUUAAAAGAAACAUGAUCUGUGAGGGUUGCCCAAAUUGAGCGCCCACGAUAUCAUUUGCCUCUGUUUGUGUGUGUGUUAUUGUAGUUUAAAAAUCUCAAUAAAAUUGCCCCUAUGGGUGUGGUGAAUUGAGAUGAUGACGGGAGUUUGAAGCCUUGUACUUUCAUCUAGCA